AUGUUUGAUCAGGCCACGACUAUGGGCGAUGGGGUCGCCGAGGAGAGGAACCACCACUGUGGACCCAAGUCCAAGUGCCGGACCGAGACAGGAGGUCGGUCCCCGGUGCAGAGCAGCACCGAGCCCCCGGGGACCUCCGCCUCCACCCCGACCUCCUCCAGCGAGGACGGACACGACAAACUUUUAGGAGGGGAUCCCGAUUACUGCCGGAGGAUUUUAGUGAGGGAUGCCAAGGGGACCAUCCGGGAGAUCGUCCUGCCGAAGGGUCUGGACCUGGACCGGCCCAAGCGCACGCGGACCUCGUUCACGGCCGAGCAGCUGUACCGGCUCGAGCUGGAGUUCCAGCGGUGUCAGUACGUGGUAGGCCGCGAGCGCACCGAGCUGGCCCGGCAGCUGAACCUGUCCGAGACGCAGGUGAAGGUGUGGUUCCAGAACCGACGCACCAAACAGAAGAAGGACACCACCAAGGACUCGGACAAGCGCUCCUCCUCCUCGUCCGAGUCGCUCGCCACCUGCAACAUCCUGCGCCUCCUGGAGCAGGGCCGCCUCUUCUCCGGACCUGCCCCACCGCCUAACCCGCUCCUGGGCCCCGCGCCACACGCCGCAAAUGGCUCCCUGCUGGGCAGCCCGGGCGGUGCCUCCUCCACCUCCCCGGUGAUUAGCAGUAGCACUCCUCCUUGCUCCCUCCCUGGGGGAACUUUUGGGCUGUCACUGCCCUCAUUGGGGGGUACCCCUCCCUCGCCACGUCUGGGGGUCCCCCCGCCACACUCCCUCUGUUUCUCCAUGCCCCUGCUGGGGGGUGCGCAUCACGAACUGACGUCCGCCUACGGCUGCGGCUCCUCGGCCUUCGAGCCGUACAUGCGGCUGGACAAGAAGGAGGCGGACCUGGGAGGGAAGAAAACAGUCUCUUAA